UGUUUUAUUAAAAUAAUUAUGAAAUUUAAAUUAAUGGCCAAUAAAUAAAUUAUUAAGUAUGGGGAAACCGAAAGUGAUUGACGACCUACCUGGUUUCGAGGCACCUGUAAAGGAAGAGUCUGAAAAUGCGACUCAAGCGAAGAAAAAGAAAAAAGCCUCAGGUGGAUUUCAAUCCAUGGGCUUUAGUUUCCCGGUUCUCAAGGGAAUAACUAAAAGAGGUUACAAGCAACCAACACCUAUUCAAAGAAAGACAAUACCUAUAGCACUAGAAAACAAAGAUGUUGUUGCUAUGGCUAGAACUGGAUCUGGUAAAACUGCAUGUUUUGUGUUACCAAUAUUGGAAAGACUCCUUUCUGCAGAUGCUAAGAUAAAACACGGCAACAACUUGCGAGCAUUAAUUCUGUCCCCCACAAGAGAGUUGGCUCUACAGACAUUGCGGUUUGUUCGUGAAUUAGGCAAGUUUACUGGCCUCACAUCAGCAGCUAUACUCGGUGGAGAGUCCAUUGAGCAACAGUUUGGUGUCAUGUCGGGAACCACUCCGGACAUUGUUGUGGCCACACCUGGAAGAUUCCUGCACAUCUGUAUUGAAAUGAACCUCAAGUUGGACAAUAUAAAGGUUGUGGUGUUUGAUGAAGCUGACAGAUUAUUUGAACUUGGUUUUGGGGAGCAAUUACGUGAAAUAGUAGCAAGGUUGCCAUCAAGCCGUCAGACCUUGCUCUUCUCGGCAACAUUGCCAAAAAUGCUAGUAGAGUUUGCUAAGGCUGGUCUGAGUGAUCCAGUGUUGAUAAGAUUGGAUGUGGAUUGGAAGUUACCUUCAACCUUGUGGCUUGGCUGGAUAGCAACGAGAGCAGAACUGAAGACAGCCGCACUGUUGAUAUUGCUGGAUAAAGUACUAACUAAGCAAACACCACAAGCUGUUGUAUUCGCUGCUACGAGGCAUCAUGUGGAAUAUUUGCAUUUGAUAUUACAAAAAGCUGGUAUAUCAUCAACUUACGCAUACUCUGGUCUGGAUCCGUCUGCACGUAAAAUAGCUCUGGGCAAGUUCACAAAUAAGAGAUGUUCAGUACUUCUAGUUACUGACGUCGCAGCAAGAGGCUUAGAUCUUCCAUCGUUGGAUACUGUCAUAAACUACAACUUCCCAGCCAAACCUAAGUUGUUUGUACACAGAGUCGGUCGUAGUGCGCGUGCGGGCCGCUCUGGGCGCGCGUUUUCAUUGGUGGCGGCAGAGGACGUAGCUCAUCUGUUGGACUUGCAGUUAUUCUUAGGCGCUGAAUUAAAGAAGCCUUCACAGGUAUCGGAGUCGGGUGACCAGUGCCCGAGCGGUGUGUGGGGUUCGAUCCCGACCGCGCAGCUCGAGAUACGACACCAAGACGUCAUGGCCUGGGAGAAGAAUGUCUCUGAGAUUGGCGAGGCGCGGCGUGUAUGCGAGCGAGGCUGGCAGCAAUACGUGAGGUGGCGGGAGGCGGCGUCGGCGGAGGCCAACAAGCGCGCCAAGACCACUCCCCCUCCCGUCGCGCCACACCCCUACCUCGCCGCGGCCGUGGAGACAGAACAGGCAAAUAUGGUGGAGCAGAUUAAAAACUACGCGCCGAGAGGAACAAUAUUGGAGCUCGGCGGCAAAAACGACUCGCCCAUGUAUCUAGCCAUGAAGAACAAGAGACGCGUCCACGGCAAGACCGUACUGAAGACGAGAGAAAACAAACAGCAUCCCGAUGCUGACUUGUUGAAAAUCAAUGAAGUUGAGAGCAAACCGCAGGAGACAUCUAAGAAGAAGAAGGGCGUGGUUAGAGAUGAAAAUUACAUAUCCCACUUCGCCAGUGAUCAGCACACUGAAACUGGUAUGGCGGUGAACUUCCAUUCUGGCGCGGAGGGCGCGGCGCUCGAGCUGGCCGCGGACGACGGCAGCGGCGCCCGCGCGCACCGUUCCGUGCUGCGCUGGGACCGCAAACGCAAGAAGAUGGUGCACGUUGAUCCGGACGGCGGCAAGAAGAUGAUCCGCACGGAGAGCGGCGGGCGCGUGUCGGCGACGUACCGCAGCGGGCGGUACGACGAGUGGCGGAAACGCAACGCCGCGGCCGAACAGAACGACGACGGACCGAGAGACAACGCGCCCAAAACACCAUCGGAGUUCCGACCUCGAUGGGUGAAACACAACGAGAGAAUAACCAAGAAGAAAUCGGAGGCGGCGUCUAAAGAGUUCAAGAACAAACAGCAGAUAGUCAAAGAACGUUUGCGCAAAGAGAAGAUCAAGAUGAGACUCAAAUUCAAGUCUAAAUCUAAGGGCAAGAAAAGGAAGAAGUAAACUGAUUUGUCUAGAAAUACUAUGUAUGUUGAAUAAAAGUAAGUUUAUAUUUA